CACACACCUCCUUUAAUGGAGGCGCUCGCUACCGGAUCCGCGCCUUCCCGGCCAGGUCUCCCACCUCCCACCCGCCACUCCUGUCUCCGCCGCCCCAAAACCCUACCUUCCUCCAACCCCACCCGGCGCAUCAUCGCCGCCGUCCCCAUGGACGGCACCUCCGGCCGCCCCUCAGCCCCUCUCCGCUGCACUCCCGCCGAGACGGACGCGGUGGCGACUAGUUCGGACCAGACGGAGGCCGAGACGGCGGCCGCUGCCGGAGCCACCGAGCAGGGCAACGGGGUCCCGGCGGCCGACGCCCCCGCCGCUAGCAUCGAGGGGCUCGACGGGAUAAAGAUCCGGAGGCGGCCGGUCACGGGCCCGUCCGUGCACCACGUGGGCCCGUUCCAGUUCCGCCUCGAGAACGAGGGCAACACCCCGCGCAACAUCCUCGAGAAGAUCGUCUGGGACAAGGACGUCGAGGUCUGGCAGAUGAAGGAGAAAAUGCCGCUGUACAGGCUGCUAGGUCCGCUGGGCAGUGCGCCUCCCGCCAGGGACUUUGUCGCGGCGCUGACAGCGUCGUACGACCGGACUGCUCUGCCUGCCUUGAUUGCGGAGGUCAAGAAGGCUUCGCCCAGCCGGGGGGUUCUUCGGGAGAAUUUCGACCCGGUUGAGAUCGCUCAAGCAUACGAGAAAAACGGAGCAGCAUGCUUAAGUGUUCUUACAGAUAGAAAGUACUUUCAGGGAAGUUUUGAAAACUUGGAGGCUAUACGCAAUGCUGGAGUAAAGUGCCCUCUUCUGUGCAAAGAGUUCAUCAUCGAUGCCUGGCAACUUUACUAUGCGCGGUCAAAAGGAGCGGAUGCUGUUCUUCUGAUUGCUGCUGUGUUACCUGAUCGCGAUAUCAAUUAUAUGCUGAAAAUAUGCAAAAAACUUGGCAUGGCUGCUUUAGUUGAGGUGCAUGAUGAAAGGGAAAUGGACCGUGUUCUAGGGAUAGAUGGUAUUCAGCUCAUUGGCAUCAAUAAUCGUAAUCUUGAGACUUUUGAAGUUGAUAUCUCAAACACCAAAAAGCUUUUGGAGGGUGAACGAGGACAACUUAUAUCCCAGAAGGACAUAAUUGUUGUGGGGGAAUCUGGACUGUUCACUCCUGACCAUAUUUCAUUCGUUCAGAAUGCUGGGGUCAAAGCGGUCCUAGUUGGGGAGUCCCUCAUCAAGCAGGAGGAUCCUGGGAAAGCAAUCGCUGGGCUCUUUGGUAAAGACAUCUCACCUGCGAGUAGCCCUGUGUAAAUAGAAAAAUGGAAAGGGGGCGUGGAAUGCUGCAUCACUCAGAUUUUGUACAGGAAAACUGAGUGACUUGGGAUUUUGGAGAGUAUUGGUCGGCGAUUUUGUUUACCUGGCCAUUAUCAGCGUUCUUCCUUUUCCUGGAGGUUGUAACCAGGCCUGGCCUUUAUGAACAAAGGGUGGAACAGAAAAUAUAUGAUCGGAUAAGUUGGGUGUGA